CAGUAGGGAAAAGAGCUGACAGGUAAGGCAAUAUAUUAAAACUGCGAAUUCGAUUUGAAAAUUAUCAGUCAAGAAAAUGAUGCGCGCGGUUCUACUCGUGACGGGGUUCAUGGUCUUCGGGUCUCUGAACACCCUGUCGACAAAACUCCAGUUUUCUAUGAGGGUGCACAACUCCCCCUCCCCUUUAUUUGUAUAGCGGGAACAGUAAUGCAACCGCGAACACAAGUAGAGCCUGCGCAUGACAAGUUCAUUACGCACCGAGCGUAGAAGUACUGCUUGGGCUUCGGAGUUUGUCAUGCAAAGCAUGUCACAACAAGCCACCAACCAGAUUUGGGGUUUUGCAUGACGAAUGAGGGCGAGGGGGAGUUGUGCGCUUUCAUAUUUUCCGUCAGUUCCAUCGGGCUGGACGGCCAACUGCACGAGUUCAAGAAGCCGUUUUUCGGGUCCUACCGCAUGUUUCUCGCCAUGAGCUUGGUGCUGUUUGGGUACAUGGGCUACAAGGUUUUCAACACGACACGACCACUCGCCGGAAAGAGCAAAAUGUUGACUGAAGAAAUCUAUCAAAUGUAAAAAUGUCUGGGUCUGGAAGAAUCAUGCUGUUUUUGCAUGACACACAAGGUCUGGCAUGGAAGCUCUAGCAUCACAGGUUUCGCGAAGCUUCCGCAAUGCCUAAUCCGCAUGACAGAUCCCCGAUUUUGGUGACAGAAAGUGGGCAGCUUUUGCUACCUAUGCAUGAGAGAUUUUUCUGUGUUUUGAAAUGCGCAUCACAAGUUUGUCUUCUUCCAGACCCCGACAUUUUUGCAAUGUAUAAAAUCAGUACCACCAGAAGUUUCUUCUCCCUCCCCAACUUUUUCGAGGCGGAAGGCGUGAACAGGAAACUCGCACUUCUGAUUGCGGUACCGGCCUGCUGUGACUUGACCUCAUCCACACUAAGCUUCAUCGGGCUGCUGCACAUCUCGGCGAGCGUGUGGCAGAUGCUGCGAGGAAGUAGUUCGAUGUUUUUCUUUGACAGAGAAAAAUGCAGUAUUUUACUUUACCCCACGACUGCACAUUCGAAUUCGAUGCAUUUUCACAAAAGGAGCUCUUUCUUUGACAUAAUUAGGCACCUCCUGCUUCAUUGUUCCUUUCCUCUAAUCCAUCCACAUGCAGAACGUCGAAAAUAAUGAUCCCAUCUUCAGGUAUGGUCGUCUUUUCCGGUAUCCUUUCCGUCCUUUGCCUGAAACGCCACCUGUUUGCCUACAAUUGGGCGGGUAUCGGACUUAUGCAUUGCAAAUAGGUCUGUGUCUGGGAGGACGCGAACUUGUCAUGCUAAGUCUGGAUCGUACAAAAAUUUGUGUUGCAUGAGUACCAAACGCUGUCCACUUUUGAACAAGUUUAGGGGCAGUUUGUCAUGCAGGAUAGGCAUGAUAGGGACGUCGCAGAACCUGUUAUGCUGGGUCCUGCAUUCCACACCUCGUGGGGCAUGGAAAAUAUGCAUGAGAAGUUUGCAUUCUUCCAGACCCAGACAUGUUUGCAUUUGAUAGGACUUUGCGUGUGCGGGAUUCUCAUGGUCGGGACGGCAAACUAUCAACUGUAAAAAUGUCUGGGUCUGGAAGAAUUCAUGUUUGUCAUGCUUGUCUGGCAUGACUCUUAAAUCUGUCAUGCACGUUGCCCAAGAGCUCCGCUUUUCUGUGAUGCAGGAGCACAGUUUGUCAUGCAGAAUAGGCAACACCUAGGAGCUCAGAAACUUGUCAUGCUGAGCCAGCAUUUUUAGCCUCAUCAUGAGACGCCACCCAGCAUCACAAGUUCCCAGACCCAGACAUUUUUACUUUUGACACAAACAUGUGGGCGGCAACCGCCACCCCUUCGGGCAGCAGCUCCCAGUCCACUGUGGAAGAGGAAACAAACCAGAACAAUUCGCGGCUUAUCAAAUGUAAAAAUGUCGGGGUCUGGAAGAAUGCGCGACUUGUCAUGCUGCUUUUCCAUGACCCAUGAGGUCUGGAAUGCCGGACGGAGCUAGCAUGACAGAUUCUGCGAGAGCUUUCUAAUGCCUAUCCUGCAUGAGAAACUACCUCCCGACUUGGUCAAAAUUGGGCGACUUUUGGUAAUCAUGCAACACAGAUUUUUGCAUGGUGCAGAUUUAGCAUGACAAGUUGCAAUCUUCCAGACCCAGACAUUUUUAUAUUUGAUACGGCUUUUCGGCAUGGCGUUGGUGCUUUUCGGCCAGUUCAUCUCGGCCUGCCAGGUGGUCACGGAGGAGUUUAUUUUGAAGGACUGCAACCAGCUAUGCAAGGAAAAAACUGUGUAAGUGUAAAUCUGUGAUGCAGAAGAUGCAACAGAGUUACACCUGUCAUGCCAGACACCCAUGAAGUCCUCUUUUCGUGUGUGCUUUCGCUUAGAAGCCACGCAUGACAGGUUUUCUCUGUCAUUUAGAGCAAAUCUGUAAUGCUGUCCGCCAAAGAAAGUUACAGUGACACAGUUUUUUUCUUGGAUAUCAGCUGCCGCCCGCAAUCGUGGUGGGAAUCGAAGGGCUCUGGGGGUUCGGAAUUUUGACUUUCAUCGGCUUCCCAAUCCUGUACAACCUACCCGGAGCGGAUUUUGGGAACUCCCAAGAAAACCUACUGGACACUUUCGUAUUGUAGAGAGUUUUUGGUUUUGCAUUUUUUUUUUACCAGUAGUUUGUGGUCUGAAUGAAUCACAUUGAUUCCUCGCAUGAGAAAACCAGUCAGUGAUCGUGGUUCUCGCAUCAGAAGUUGUGGUCCUUGUCCUGCUCUAUCGCGGUACGAAAACACGACUUACCCCAGGCGAUGAUCCGGAAUAGCACGACGUUGAUUUAUCCAAUUGAAACUUUUAUAAUUUUAUUCGUGAGUGAAGUGAAUGUGAAGCACGAACGAAGAAAACGCAAUUCCCCAUCGUGCAUCUGUAUGUAGCUCAUAUAAAAAUCCCAGCGUCGUACUAGACUGAAUUUAUGCUUCAUGUCAUCGCGACGAUUUAUUAACUUGAUUUCGCAACAACGAUCAUCAACAUCACUUUUCUCACCUUCCAUACCUUCGUCCUCACCGUGACCUACCUGCUCACUUGCUCGUUCUACAACUUCUGCGGCAUGAGCAUCACCCGCUACCUGUCCGCCGUCCACCGGACCAUGCUGGACGCCUGGCGCACGAUGGUGGUGUGGCUGACCGGGAUCUUCUACUUCUACUGCGUCGACCCGACAAGUGAUUUUGGCGAACCCUGGACGCCCUACUCCUACCUGCAGCUCUAUGGCGUUCUCAAACGUUUUUACAAUGAUUGCUAUAUAGCACAUGGCCUUUGUUCAUCGAUGCAACUGCAAGGAAAUGCAAAAGCGAAAGGAAGUGGGAGGAAGAACUUACGCGUCUUGCAUUACUUACAGAUUUGGUUCGGAUUCUGAUGCUAUGCAGCCGGUGAAGAACUUGUCAUGCGAAGUAGCUUGAUGAUAUGAAGGAUGAUGAUAAUUCCGCAUGACAAAUCAUGUCAGAAAAGCGACACUUGCAAGAAACGCUUGGGAAAAAUGCCAUAAGCUGGCCGGGUUCGGCUCGCUCAUCCUCGGACAGCUGAUUUACGGCGGGUUGCUGCGGUUCCCGAGCCUGUUUUCCUACGAGGAUGGGGUUAUCGGGUCGUUCGGGAACCCGGACUGUGGAGAAGAAGAGUUCACUAGCCCCGCGGCUACGAUGAACCUCUUGAUCUCGCCAAACUCUGGGUCUUGCUCCUAUUCGGUCAACUCCCCGGCCGUGGGAGAAGUCGGGCCACAGGGGGCGUUGUUGAAAAAAAGUUUGCUGGAAAGAGAGAAUGUCGUGGUGGCUGUGUAAAAUUUUUUGUCGGAAGAUCGUGGACUUUGUUUUGUGUAGCCACAAUCUUUUUCGUAGUAUAAUCCGUAUUAAGCAAAAUUGUCAAUGUAUGAUUGGAUGUUUGUCUUCGCCACCGUCGACCACCUGCAAUGCGUCAAAGGCGUGAAAGCACUACUUUACCUACCCGUGCAUCAAAAACCCCACGUCCGCCCUUAGAAAGCGCUACAAGCCCGAAAUUAUUUUUACGCUUAAGACCGCAGGAGAACGAGAAUGCUUGCCCAUCGCACAGAGCUUAAGUACGCUUUUCCAAUCCCAGUUGGAGCUUUUCAAAUCAACAUUUUUUCAAUAGCGAUGCCGAUAAGUACAUCAUUCCGGUCUGCGCAUAUAAUUGUUGCCUUUUCCAUCCGUACUUAUUGUGUUACUGACCUCGUGCCGCACUGUAGUAUUACAGCGUCCCUACAUGGAUGCUGCCGAGUGGUUUCAAUCGGAAUUCGAGAAAUUUUUGAAAAUGCUUUUUCAGCAACAGAGACAUUUGGACUACCAUAUUCCACGAUGCACAAAAAUAUGUCCAUCUUCUUCUAGAAAAACGUUCAUAUUUUUAUGGCGCCGUCAUCAAAAUGAAAAUGAAUCCACAAGCAACAUACCAGAUUUGUCAAUGAAGGAGUCUCAAAAAUCGAGGAGGUGAGCAAUAAGUAAUUUGCAGAGCGUGUUGACGGCGCAUCAUCAACAUCAGAUUUCACAAGCAUGAAGAUUCCGACAUGAUAAGGAAAACGCUAGAAGAAAGUUGUUAUCGCUACAUAGAUUGCAAUUUAGUAGUUGUGUGCAGAUAAUAUUGCAGUUGUUCGAGCUUCGGCUUCCGAAGAUGCACGAAGUUCGAACAGGACGGGAUGAUCUUUGAGACGCCUCGGCAU